GUGGUACAAUUGUAGAAACAAAACAGGAGCCAGCUGCAGCGGGAAGGAGAACAUAGAAGAACUAAUAUGGCAGGAAGAACGGCGGCGGCGCUCUCACCGAUCGGGAUGAGGAUUAGGGCCUCUCUCGCCUCCAUCUCUCCUUCCAAUCCCUCCCUCCUCCUUUCCAAAUAUCCAGUUUCUGGAAGAUUUGGAUUGUCAAAGGUUUGGCCAAAGUGUCUUCGGCCCGUUUCACCGAUUCAUGCACCAGGAUCGGAGCCAGUAUUCAAUAUGCAGAGGAUAUUUAGGCAAAGCUUUAAACCAUCAGAAAGGAAGUUUUUAACUGGAAGUUUACUCGGCUUCACUGCUGUAGCUGGAAUGAUGAAUCAUCAAUCACAUGUUGCAUAUGCUAUGGAUGAUUUUGAGGACUUUGAAGAACCUUCAGGGUAUUUGAAGGAUGACCUAAAUGCCUUCUGGACUUUGGCAAGGAAAUUUCAGCUGCCAGCUGUACUGCUCAUGACAGUGUUGCUGGGAUGGAGGCAUCCUGUUACGCUUGCCAUUAAUAUUGCUCUUCUUCUUUUCUGCACGACGCCCAGCCCAUUCUCAGUGUAUGUUUUUAUUGAGCAGCUGCGUCAGAGAGAUAUGCGCCGAGAUCCUGGACUUCAUAAAUCAAAGUUCUUCUAUGCGAAGAAAGUUGAAGUCGAAGAUUACAAGUUCCUAUGCUUAGCAAAGGUUGAAUUAAGAGAUGUAAAGCUGAAAAUAAUUGGACUCUUGGGUGGCUGGUGGGUCAUUCAUACUGCACGAAUUUAGGGGGACACAAGAUUAUGAAGGUGAAAUAUUAUGAAUCAUGGGUGGCAGUUUGCUCACCGAAGUUUGAAGGCGCGGUGGAUUAGGCCAAGGUAUAGUGUAGUUUUUUGGAUAAAAAUUAGCAGCUAUGAUACCAUGUGAAAUUUUACUCUUGCAGAUGCAGGUGGUAGCUCUGCUCUUGCUGAAGGGUUUUUGUAAUUGAAUGGCUUUGCAUUCACAGCAAUAGAAUUUGUUGUACAGGGCUUUAUCCCUUUUUUAUCUCUGCCAGGAGUUGAAAGUUUUUUUGAUUUUUGUUAUUGAAUUGGGCAUGUCUGCAUCAUGACCAUGAUUUAGUAAGCCUUGUUAGCUGCGAUAAUGUACCAGUGCUUCAAGUGGGUCCAUCAAUCUCCAGCCAGUGUCGGUCCAAGUUUGGUUCAAAUGCAUUCAGGUCUACUACAUCCUUCUGGAUCUGAUUUAAUCUGGGAUAUGUGAAUAGACUUGAUCUGACUCAUAUGACAUCUGACUAGAUCAUAUUCGGUGGUCUGGAAGGUCCAGGAUGUUUCAUGAAAUUUAGGCUUCAUCUGAAUGUGUUGAUGUGAAUUAGCAACUUGGGUCUCGAUCCAAUUUGUCUGCACUAUGAAGCACAUUCCUCAAUUAAUAUGAUAUGCUUAGAA